CAGUCUUACCAACUCCAAACUUUUGAAAGAUAGUGUGUAUAUAUAAUCAUUUUCUUUGACAUUUAAUAAGUUCAUUAUUGUAUUUCUAAAUGACCUCAAACAAGCCCUUACGCGAGACCCUCAAGGAGAAAACAAGCACAACUCCAUGUCCAUGUAAACAAUGUGCUCAUUCAGCAGUUCACGGGCUAUGAGAAAGCAGAGGAGAUCUCAAGAGUAUCUGUGAUUUGCUGAUAGCAUUAAUACGUUUGAAGACAGAAUCCCUCACAGACUGCACAAGGCUAUCUAAUUGGCAAUUAAAGUAACCCGAGACACUCGUCUCUAACGUGUCGAGGUUUGAAGAAACACGCAUAAAACAGAUGAACGAUUCUUGCUCUUGGCAAGAAAGCACUUUCUUUUAUGAGGCGAGCGAUUAGGGAUUCUGUUCACCUGCGGCUGCUCCUGCAGACUCUCACAAUCGAAGGAAAAAACGACCGCUGAGAUUUCCCACCGCUGCCGUUACCGGCAGAACUGCAGGCUCAGCGCUCGACCUGCUCCUGCAAAUCAAAUAUGUGGCCAUUAUCUCCGUGGGAGAAUCCGUCUCUAAUCAAAUAACCAGUAAUACUGGUACACGCCGGCCCAUGUUGUUUUGUUUGCGGUGCUUAACAUGCAAACGGGAUUUCAAGUGGAGUAAUCUGAGGGUCUGUGCUUGGCACAAGAGGCGGAUCUGGCACGCCGAGGUCUGUGUGCCGUCAGGAAAGGCCUGGCUGCCUUGGAAACAGAAGAAGGCGACCCAAAGGAGGAAAGCACUCAAGAAGGGGGCGGGAGGCAGAGGGAAAAAAGGUGGAGUGUUGUAUGGAGAGAGAGGGAAUGGAGAGCCAGAGGCAGAGUGAAAACACACUUGGAUUCAAGAGAAAGAGUCAACGUGAGAGACAACUUGGGGGUGGGAAUGAAGUGGUGAAUGAGGCAGAGAAAGUCUGAGGCGUUCUUCGCACAGCACUGCUCGCCUCGUUCAUUCACAAAACAAACGCAGGAAGGCGUAGAGGAAGCUGGGAGAGAGAGAGUGAUCCGCAUAACAGGAGGCAGUGCAGCAACAGAGCGCCGCGACCAGGCAUGCGAGUCCCCCGAGAAGAGGGUUAACCGCAAACGCAGACCCCGAGCGAGAGCAGCGAGGCAGAUAUCCUGCACGACACCACAGAUGCCACAGACUCCCACACCCUUGAGUGGAAACCAGAGGGCUCCUGGCGAAGGGGGUCCCGACAGAUGCGGCGGUCCCUGCGCAGGGCCCUGGGCUCGGCCCUCAGGUGGCUGGGGGUGAAGGUGUGCCGCAGGAGCGCGCUGCUGGUCGUCCUGCUGUGGCUGGCCUCCUGGCUCUUCCUCAACGGCCUGGUGUUCGUGCACAGGAACAUGUUCUCAGACUUCUGCACUGACGACAAGAGCAAAGAGAUCCUGCAGAGGGUGUGUGAUGAGUAUCAGCAGGGCGUUCUGACCGGUGACCUCUGCGAGGACCUCUGCGUGGCCGGUCAUGUGGAAUACAAACGCUGCCUCUAUUACGAAAAUGGCAAGAAGGUCAUGGCCGCCAGUUGGCGUGGAGUGCCUGUUGUUCUCAAGUCAAAGCUGGAGAAUUUCUCCUCCUAUGAGGCUUUGGCUCUGCUGGAGUACCAGGAUGCGGCAGGAGGAAUGGGUGGCGAGGAGGAGCUUUCGCCUCUGGAUGUUGUCUUCUACGCCACCCUGGAGAUCAAGAACUCACUUGGCCUGGAGACGGGAAAUAACUUGACGUUGCCCCGCUUGUGGGGCCAGAAGCUGAAGGAGAGCGAGCGGACGUACUCACGAGCUGAGCUGGCCUCGCUAUGGGCUCUCCUUCAGCAGGAGGAGUAUAUCUUCCUCAGGGUCCUGCAGGAUUUGACCCACCAUGUGGCCAAGAUCCUGGGCUCUUGUGGUCACUUCUAUGCCGUGGAGUACUUGGCGGCUGGACACGCAUGGGACCAACACAUAUUCUCUCUGGAGAUCCUGUCACUGAGCCCCUCGCCGAGCCCAGACAGCGGGCAGGACAGGAUGUUCACCUUGAGAGAUAUGGUGCCCCGAGUGGCUCUGAGCUUUCUGGAGAUGGUGGAGCAUUUCGAGAAUGAUUUUUCCCACCGCUUACACCUCUGCGAUAUCAAACCAGAGAACUUUGCUAUCAGGAAGGAUCUGACGGUGGUGGCAAUAGAUGUGGACAUGGCUUUUUUUGAGCCCAAAAUGAGAGACAUACUUGAGCAGAACUGCACCAGUGACAAUGACUGCAACUUCUUUGACUGCAUCUCCAAGUGUGACAAAACUAAAAACAGAUGUGGGCCAAACCGCAAAAACAGUAAUCUUCAGGUGAUCUGUGAGAAGAUCUUCAGGCCUUGGUUUUCUCCCACGCUGCUUGGCGCUAAAGCAGGGCUCCCCCUGCAGGUGGAUCUGCAGCGAGCCGUGCAGGAGUGCGCAGAUUUCGACGGCGGGGAGGACGGCGAGCGCAGGCGGGCCGUGAGACAGCAGCUACAGGCUCUACUUGUGAAGCUCGUUCAGGAGGACACGGGAAACCAGGGUGAAGGCCAGGAACACAAGAUGAGACGCGUCCAUACGGCACUUAAUUUCUAAAUAAACUCUCGAAAGAGCAAAUUCAGUCGUGCAAUUCUGGAGAACAUCUAAGAUGACUAUUAUAAAGCCAAUUCACACUGCACCGACAGAUGCAGACCAGCACACAAUCACCAAAUUACAGCAGGGCCGUAACCACCAUAGACAUUGAGGGGAACAAGGCCCCCCAAAUAAUUAGAAAUAGACAAGCGCAUCAAUCUGUCACUUAAUGCCACUGCAGAGACUCGAUUCUCCAAAACACAUUUUAUUUUUUAAAAAACCUACAUGAGGGCGGAUUAGAACCAGGAACCUCUGACACGGUUAACAAAAGUUCUACCACCAGACCAUUAGGGAAUUUGAAUGUUAUUUGAAUGUUAAAUUUGAAUGUUUUACACACACACACACACACACACACACACACACACACACACACACACACACACACACACACUCUCCUUUCCCUUACAUGUGUGCAUAUUUUUAAGCAAAUUAAUGUGAAUAUUAUAUGCAAAUAGUUCCAAAAUUAUUAUUUCCCAACUAGAAUAAGAACUAGAAUUUCAUCUACUGUUCUGUUUCUUUAUUAAAAAUAAAUAGAUAAAUAAAUAAAUGACCAUGUUCAAGACAUGGUUAAGGUCUUGGAUUAGAGGACGUCACUUCUCAGAUAUUCUACAACUCAACAAACACUGAAUCAACAUGUUUAACUGGUUGAACACAAGACCUGACAAAACCUGACAAAGUGAAGUGACCCAUCUGUCAGUGCAAUGUGAAUUGGCCUACAGUCCAGAUUACUUUAUUCAGAUGUUUUCCAACAGUUCGAUUAAUUAUCAUAUUUGUCUACUUCUAAUACUCAAAAUGUCUGUUAAAAGGGACACUGUAGUUCACUCAAAAAUUAAAGUUUUGUCAUCAUUUUCUCACUUUGUCUUUCCAAACCUGACUUUUUUUUCUCCUGUGACACACAAAAUAAGAUAUCUUAAGAAGUGUUAUGUUUCAACUGUUUGUCCAUAAGUCAAUAUAAUCCAAAACAUGUUUUCAUUGAGUUUCAUUUCAUAGAUAAACAUUUAAUAUAUAUGUUCCAUAGAAGAAAGAUAUGCAUUACAGCUUUGGGAUGACAGAUUGUAUUUUUUUGAUGGGGUGAACUAUCCCUUUAAGGGUGUCGAUACGUCUCUUUCUAGCUAACAAAUAUAUGUUCUAAGAAUGUUUUGCUAACGUUCCCAUUAAGUUAUGGAAAUGUUAUUUCUGAAUGUUUAAAAUGUCAAUUUUUUGAAAUAUUUUUUAAAACUUUUUUAUUUUUUUUUUUUUUUUUGCAAAGGGAACAUUUCAUUCCGCAAACAUUAUUGGAACAUUCCUUAUGAAUGUUUUCUAAACAAUCUGAAACCAGUUGUAACAUUUAAAAAUGUUAGACAAAUGUCCAACUAAAUCGUUCAAUAAACAAUGUUUAGAUAUAAUGUUUUUGUGGUAAUGUUUUGAGGACAGUAUUAAAGACCAGGGGCCUCAUUUAUAAAACGUGCACAUGCACAGAUUUGAACUUGAUGUGGAAAAGUUCUUAGCACCAUGUCAGGGUCUAAGCAGGCAUGAAAACUUUUCCUUGUGGCAGAGAGAUGGAGAACUGCAGGUAUUUGGAAAUCUUAAGAAAUUAUUGCUGCUCGCCUUUCUCAAGUAAAGCAUUUGGACAUUGACUGGUGCUCUGUUAUAUGUUAAAUAAAUUAAUUAGGUGGCGUUUACAAAGCGGAGAUCGGAAACCAUUCAGCUGCGCACAAAUUUUAAGAUCAUUUGCAAUUUAUAAAUUUCACUUCUGGAAGAGAGGUGUACACACGUUUUUUUGUGCUAACGUUCGUUCUCUGAAUCACGCACGCAUUUGAGAAAUGAUCAUACAAUCAAAUGUAGGAAGGUUUCUACGUAACAUUUUAUAAAUGAGGCCCCAGAUUACUUCGAACAAACAUUCUAUUAAUAUUAGUGGAAGAACAUUUAUUCAUAAUUUGAGAGCAACCUUGCCAGAAAAGUUCUGAGAACUUUCCCUGUUAGCUGGGUUACCGUUAAGUAAGAAUAAAGGUGCAGUCACAUGAUCGGGAAUUUCACAUGAGAGCGAAAGAUUUCCGCACAUAGAUUUCUCAACAGGUUCAAGUUGCUCUGACCAACAGAAAGCUGCUUGGUUUGACUUCUGUGUGAGCUGUGCUUCAUACAUCUCUACACCAUUGACAAUAGAUAAUGGAAGGUUUUGCCCGCAAAACUCUGGAUCAUCUCAGCUAAUGUAUCCAUUUUAUUUCCUGAAGAGAAAUUGUCUUUGUAUUUGAAAGCAUUUUAAAUAAACCAUGGCUCAGGCACAUCCUA